AUGAAAUUAGUGAAUGAGGGUGCAUUGAGAAUUACUGGUACCAAGUGGAAUCAAAAUUAUGAUAAUGAGAUAAUUGAAAAGUUUCAGUUGGGUCUUAGACAUUCCAGGUUCCAAUAUAUUAAAAUAUAUCAUUGGUUACCACCUGAACAAGACUUUGUAAUGUUUUGUUGUGAUGGAUCAUCAUUUGGAAAUCCUGGGUCUACAGGAUUUGGUGUUGUUGUCAGAGAUUCGGCUUGUCAGGUGUUGGGUACCCUCUUCGGAGGUAUUGGUGUUGCUUCAAAUUAUCUAGCUGAAUCUUAUGGUAUUAUGUGUGCAUUGGAGAUGGCAAUUCAAUGGAGUAUGCAGAAGAUAAUUAUUGUGUCAGAUUCAAAAUCUGUUCUUGCAGAAUUUGCUCAGGGGAGAGUUUCAUGGUUUCUAAAAGGUAGAUGGCAUAUGGCUACAAGGAAGCUCAAACAGAUAAAGUAUCAGCAUUGUUACAGUGAGGUUAAAUUUUCAGCAGAUUGUAUGGCAAAGAAGGGAGCAUUAUUAGUUGCAGGUGAAAGACAAAUCCAUAUGGGAAGACCUCAGUGUUUGCCAAGAGUUGAAAUACCAAAUGUUGAAUACUUUAGAUUUGGUUGA